AUGUUAGUUGAGCGGUUUACCACCUACCACCGCAGGAGCUAUGUCUGCAAGGCAGGUGUAGGAGACGUUCUGAUUGGUGCAGCGGCCUCCAUAGCUGACAUGAACGGUGUUCCUAAAGUGUCACAUAUCAAGGACAAGCUCGUGGAGAUGACGCACAUGAACGAAACCAUCUAUGCCACUGGCAUUGCUGCAUCUCAUCAGGGCUAUGCUACGGCCUCGGGCGCGUAUAUCGCCGACGACAUGCUUGCUAACGUCUGCAAA